GUGUUGCGUGGCCGCGCCCCUUUCAUAGUUACGGUGAUGGGUAUAAAAGCACGGAUUCCGUCAGUGAGCGGAAUCACUUUUAACAGUUUUUUCCUUUAGUUUACUUGUGUCACACUCGUUCCAAAGCACUCAGAUUCUGAUGAAGCCAUUUUUAAUACUUGCACUAUGCACCUUGCUGGUUACGGCAGAAAACCAGGAGAAAAAAGACACAAAAGCUGCACCCGAAAAGAAAUCUGAUGAUUUACAAAGCCAGGAGUCAAGACGCUCUUAUAAUAGCUAUCAAGGACCACCUCCACCAUCUUCACCUCAGAAAAACGAAUAUGGAUUGAUACACGACUAUCCUCCAAGUGGUUAUGGCAAGCUUAGCGACAGUGGCCCCAAACCUUACCGAAAGGGUGUUGAAUCGUCUUCUGAUUAUCAUUCAGGGUAUGCGCCUUAUGACAACAGAGGACCGGCCUUGCCAAGUGCGUAUGGGAAACCUUCAGGAGGAUAUGGCGGUAGCGCGUACAGCAGCCCCAGUUACAGUCCUGCUUCUGCUCCACAUCCUGACUCCUACUCCAAACCAAUAAGUGCUUACCGAGAACCAAGCAGUUACUCAAAGCCUUCUAGUGGUUAUUCCAGACCACAAGGUGGAUAUGGUAGCGGAUACAGUAGUCCAUCCUCUUCUUUGUCUAGUAGUCAUUCUAAGCCAUUAAGUGGAUAUGGUAGCGGAUACAGCGGACCUUCUUCAUCAUUAUCUAGUGGCUACUCUAAGCCACUGAGUGGAUACGAUAGCCUAUCGAAAUAUUCAAGUGGUUAUUCGAAACCUCCAUCCAGUGGUGUUCUAUAUUCUAAGCCGACUUCGUCGUUAAGUGGACCUUCCAAACUCUCAAGUGGUUAUGACAGCGUAAGAACCUAUGGAGCAUACAGCUCAGCUCCCCCAAGUGGCCACGGUCCAUCCAUCUCCUCUGGUUAUUCCCCUAAACCGUAUGCCCCUGCAGUAGCACCCAAAACAUCGAGUGGCUAUGUUCCACCACCACCUCCAGCUUCUGGAAGCAGUUAUGUUCCACCACCACCGCCAGCUUCUGGAAGCGGUUAUGGAGCACCCGUUCACAGUGGAUAUUCUGCUGCAAAGCCACAUAAUGCUUAUGGACCUCCAUCAUCAUCAUCUGGUAGUUAUGCACCUGCUUCUCAUGGUGCAUAUGGAUCACCUUCUUCUUUGGGCAGUUAUGCACCUGCCUCUCAUAGUGCCUAUGGACCUCCUCCUUCUCAUAGUGCUUAUGCUCCUCCUAGUAGCGCCUAUUCUGCUCCUUCUUCAGCAGGUGGCUAUGCCCCUAAAGUACCUGUUGGAUAUUCCGCACCCAGAGCAUAUGCUCCUAAUGUACAAAAUGGGUAUUAUGCUCCUGAAGCACUUGGGGGAUACUCAGCACCACCAUCACCUGUUAGCUAUGCUCCGAAGGCUGCAAGAUAUUCAUCUUCUUCCCAGAGUGGAGGUGGCUAUGGUAGAGUGCCUUCCAGUGGGUAUGCAUCUGGAAGCUAUGCGCCAGAAGGUUAUGGAAAAGCAUACGUUACUCAGAAAGAAUAUAGCAAGACCGUUGAGACAUAUGGUUCAACAGGAGGCCAAGUCAGUCAUGGUAGUCCUUCAAGCUUGUAUGGAAGUGGACUAGCCAGAAAAGCUUUACAUUCCGAUCACGGAGUAUAUGGAGCUGCCAGUUAUGGUAAGAGGUACGAUAUAGCCCGUGACGAAAAGCUUGAUGAGCCUCAAAUUUACAGCGCUGAUCAAGCUAUUUAUGGGGGAUAUGGACAUUUAUAUUGAGUAGAGAAUGCACAAAAGUUCAAAAGAUUCUUGUGAAUAGAAUACAUUGUUUGUAAACACUGUUGUUUAUAACCAGAUAUUAUUUUAUGUUACCUGUUAUAUUUGUAUAUUUUAUUACCAAAGAAUAAAGUUCGAAAGGAUUUUUACCUUUCAA